AUGGGCCGGCUCGACCGGAGUGAUACUACGGCCUCACCAAGAAGCGACUUGAAACAAUGCUUACGUUGUUUCGUCGUUAUAGUUGAAAACCGCGCCAUGAAGUACUGUUUACAAGAGAAAGGCAAGGGAUGCGAAAGGCCAAAACUUGAUCCUUUUGCUCCAGAAGUUAUGGCUGUGACAAAGGAUUUGCCUAAAAUAACUUGUAAUGGCUUUGAUUGGGUAAUAUGUAAGAAAUCAGAAUGCUAUGUUACCCAAGAAGUAUUCAUUAACCUAACUGAUGUCAGUUGUGCCUAUAAGGAUAUAAUAUAUGUAAAUGAUCGAAAAUAUUUUCUCUCCAACGAAACUAUAGUGAACGGACGAGACAAAUAUACACUUAAUAUAAGUGACCAUGUCAGAGUGACAUGUACUGGUAGAUUUAAGGAUAGUUACACUUUGUUUUCAUCGCGACCGCGAUGGGAAGGUAUUAAAAUGGGUUUACGCCCAGUGCAGACAUACCCAGUUCCUCCAAAUCGUAAAGAUUCCUACAACGUUAUGAUCCUAGCCUUCGAUUCUACAUCUCACAAUGGAUUUAUAAGAAAAAUGCCGAAAAGUUUCAAGUACUUAUCUGAAAAAGCUAUCAUCUUGAACGGUUACAACAUCGUUGGCGACGGAACCCCCGCAGCUUUAUUUCCCAUACUUACAGGCAAGACAGAAGAACAACAUCCCGAUUCAAGAAUAAAAAUAACAAAAAAUGUUUUCAUUGACCACACAUCGUUUAUUUUCCACAAAUUGAAGAGUUUUGGAUAUCAGACAGCGUAUUUGGAAGAUGAGCCACAAACAGGAACCUUCCAACUCAGGUUCAAUGGUUUUCAACACCAACCAGCAGACCAUUACCUUCGUGCAUUCUUCCAAGAACAUAAGAAAGACUGGUAUCAGGAUGCCUACUGUGUUGGCCCCACUCCUGUUUAUGAGUUACUUAUGAAUAUGUCCAAAGAGAUAUUUCAGUUGGAUGGCAAAAAAUUUUGUUUCACAAUUUCAUCAGAUGUUAGUCAUGAUAACUUCAACUUGAUAUCGUCAGCGGAUGAAUCACUUUUGUCAUUCAUGGAGACUUUUAAAGCCAAAAACUUAUUAGAAGACACUCUUCUUAUUGUCAUGGGCGACCAUGGAAGCAGGUUUUCGAAACUACGUGAAACAUAUCAAGGCAGACUAGAGGAACGUUUGGCCCUGCUCUCUUUCUUCCUUCCGGAAAAACUCAAACGACUCAGACCUGACGCUGUGGCGGCACUAAAACAGAACGUUGAUAGACUCACAACACCCUUCGAUUUACACUCCACAAUAUUAGACGUGCUAGAUUUAAAAGACUUAAGCAAUGAUUACACAGUCCCUGGUUGUGAUUUUCCCAGAGCUUUGAGUUUAUUAGAGCCGAUACCUGCAAACCGCUCGUGCGCCGAUGCUGCCAUUGCUCGACACUGGUGUACGUGCACGAAGUGGCGCAAUGUGACUACGUCGUCUCCUAUGUACAAUAUAGUGGCAACUGCUCUCGCCGAGUAUAUUAACUUUCUAACUUCAGAACUACGAUCGAAGUGCGAAAAAAGACAAAUGACAUCUAUUGGAUCAGUUUUGCUACAGGAAGUUGAUGAACAAGUAUUGAAAUAUGUAUUCUCUAAAGAAGAGGAUGCAUUUUUUGGAAAUCCUCAAUUUCCUGCUCCAAAAACACCAAAUGAAUACUAUGUGGCUACGAUAAUAAUGGAUCCUGGACGAGCAGUAUUCGAAGGAACAGUUAUUUACGAUACACAAACAAAUUUGUCUACAAUCACUACCGAUAAAAUUUCAAGACUUAGUGCAUACAAAAACGAACCGCACUGUAUUAGCGCAACGCAUCCACAUCUAAAUCCAUUCUGCUAUUGCAAAGACCUUCUUUGA